GUACUGAAAGUGGUCAUUUUUCCUAUUACUUACGUUUUAUUUCUUUGUUAAUAUAAUAUGAUUGGCAAGACGUCCGUCAUCUUCCUCUCCUUGGUGCUACUCGCAGAGUCUGGGACAAAAGUUUCCGGUUCUCCCCUGCAUCCCGUUGGUUCUCACGAUGUAAGAGAAGUGGGCUGCGUGGAGUGCCACGCGGCGGUGGGCAGCAUAGAGGAGCUGCUGAGCGUGGGCGCCAGCGAGCAGGAGCUCGAGAACGCAGCUAUAGAAAUCUGCCUCGACUUCCAUCUUUUCGUAGAGGACGUUUGCAUUGAAAUGGUGCAGCUCGCUGCUCCGCAGAUCGUAUACGUGUUGAACACGACGGAGCACGACGUGGACACGAUUUGCCACGUGUUCUUCGGCACGUGCAAGUCUACGUUGCCUACGUGGAACGUGACCAUACCCGGGGGAAAGCCGGAAAUCCUGCCGCCUGUCAUGGGGUUUAGUUACGUGACGGGUGACCUGAGCCCACACGUGGUGUGGAUGCUGACGGAGGAAGACAUCAGCGCCUCCGUGGUCGACACGGCGGCCGUCAUCCGCCGGUACUUCCCCGACACACCCGUCGCCUACACGCUGGGCAACCACGAGUCCAGUCCCGUUGACAGUUUUGUUGUGCCCGAGGCGUACGCCGCGGGCUUCUCCAUGGACUGGCUGUACACGUUGCUGGAGACCGUGUGGGGGGACGGGGGGGUCCCUGACACUGCUAUGGACACGGUGCUCAGUGGAGGAUACUACCACUGGUCCCCAUUGCCGGGGCUGCGGAUCGUCUCACUCAACCCCAAUUAUGGUCAAGGCAACAACUGGUUCCUGCUCAUCAACCACGUGGACCCCACCGGGCAGCUGGAAUGGCUGAUUCAGGUCCUCUUGGAUGCUGAGGCCGCGGGUGAAAAAGUCCACAUCAUCAACCACAUCCCGUGGGGAUUUCUUCUAGAAGAUUUCAGUCACAACAUGAACCAAAUCAUUUCCAGAUUUGAGUCAACGGUGACCGGAAUUUUCAUGGGUCACACCCACAACGACGAGUUUCAGCUUUCCUGGGACGUGACCAACAACUCUCGGGCGGUCGGAGUCGCUUACAUCGCUCCAAGCCUCAGUUCGGAUGGAGAGAAAAGCCCGUCGUUCCGCAUAUAAGAAGUUGACGGACCUGAUGGUUCAUGGACCGUGCGUGACUCGCUGACCUACUCUAUGAACCUGACGCUGGCCAACGCUGGCGCGGACCCUGUCUUCGAACUUACAUAUUCCGCCAAAGACGCUUACGCCUUGCCCGACCUCAGCCCUGCCACGUGGACUGACACUGUCUACAAGAUGGCCACCGACACCGAACUAUUCGAUGAAUUUUACAGGCACCAGCGCAGCUUCUGGGCAGAGCCUGCCGAGCUGGCUUGGUGUCAGACCGAGUGCCGGACAAACCAGCUUUGUUUUGCUGUCAGCGGUGACAGAACCGACGACGAGCCUUGCCAGCGCAUCCGGGCCCUUAUUCCAGACAACGGCAACGUCACGUCGUACGAACAUGACUUUUGA